AGUCGGGAUUUUUGAGUCUGGUUGUUUUCUAACUUCGGGAUGUGGACGUCCCAGUUGCUACUGUUUUGUUGGCGAAAAGGGCAAGUUUCGCAUCUUCCGUCUUCCACUACUCCCAAGGACUCACGGAAUACUUUGUUUCUAAACCACGACAGACUAACUCGAGCCAAGAGCUGCCCCCGAACUUCACAGGUCUCGUUCCUACCGGUAUCCCGAAUUUUAAUUUCACCGACGUUUGACAAUCCCUAGUUUCAGCAGCCUGGUUGGAACAGUCCUCGUUGAAGAUAAGGGCAAGUGUCCAGAGGAUGGUUGGGAUGAAAGUACACUUGAACUCUUUUUGCAUGAACUUGCAAUCAUGGACAGCAACAACUUCCUGGGUAAUUGUGGUGUUGGUGAAAGAGAAGGGAGAGUGGCAUCUGCAUUAGUUGCUCGGCGUCAUUACAGGUUCAUUCAUGGAAUUGGACGAUCGGGUGAUAUUUCUGCUGUGCAACCAAAAGCUGCAGGUUCUAGCCUUUUGAACAAAAUUACCAAUUCUUUGGUCCUGGACAUCAUAAAGUUGGCUGGUGUCCAUACAGUGACCAACUGCUUUGUAGUUCCUAUGGCAACUGGUAUGAGUCUAACCUUGUGUUUCUUAACAUUACGACACAGAAGACCAAAGGCAAAAUAUAUUAUAUGGCCGAGAAUAGACCAGAAGUCCUGCUUUAAAUCCAUGAUCACUGCAGGUUUUGAACCUGUGGUGAUAGAGAACGUGUUAGAAGGUGACGAACUGCGCACAGACCUGGAAGCAGUGGAGGCUAAAGUCCGGGAACUUGGGCCUGAUCACAUUCUGUGCGUUCAUUCUACUACCUCCUGUUUUGCUCCAAGGGUGCCUGAUAGAUUAGAAGAACUGGCUGUGAUUUGUGCUGAUUACGGCAUUCCGCACGUAGUCAACAAUGCGUACGGGGUGCAGUCUUCCAAAUGUAUGCACCUCAUCCAGCAGGGGGCUCGAGUUGGUAGAAUAGAUGCUUUCGUACAGAGCUUGGACAAAAAUUUCAUGGUUCCAGUAGGUGGCGCUAUAAUUGCUGGCUUUAAUGACUCCUUCAUUCAGGAAAUCAGCAAGAUGUAUCCAGGAAGAGCUUCUGCUUCACCUUCUUUAGAUGUCCUUAUUACUUUAUUAUCACUUGGAUCAAAUGGCUAUAAGAAGCUAUUAAAAGAAAGAAAGGAAAUGUUUUCAUAUUUGUCCAGCCAACUAAAGAAGCUGUCAGAAACCUACAAUGAAAGACUGUUGCAUACACCUCACAAUCCCAUAUCUUUAGCCAUGACACUUAAGACACUAGGUGAAGACGAAGACAAAGCUGUCACUCAGCUUGGCUCAAUGCUGUUUACCAGACAGGUGUCUGGAGCCAGGGUUGUGCCUCUUGGGUCUGUGCAAACCGUGAGUGGCUACACGUUCCAAGGCUUUAUGUCACAUACAAAUAAUUACCCUUGUGCUUACCUAAAUGCUGCUGCAGCCAUUGGAAUGAAGACGCAGGAUGUGGACUUGUUCAUAAAGAGACUUGACAAGUGUUUAAAGGCAGUAAGGAAAGAACAAAAUAAAGAGAGUCAUGUGUCUGGAGUUGACAAUUAUGACAGAACUGAAAACGUGGAUAUUGAAGAAAUGGCUUUAAAACUAGAUAAUGUGCUUCUUGACACAUACCAGAAUUCUUCAUGACAUGUGAAAGGUUUCUCUUUGAUAAUUUGAAAGAAGUGACGAGGCUGCAGUACAAAUAAGCGGUUUAAAGACAAGACCUUAGGUUUUUGAAUUGAGAACUUCGUGGAGAAUGUUUGGUGGAGAACUAGAAUGUGAUCGGAGCUAGUCGCUGAUGACUGUUAGGUUUUUUACUCUUAGACCGCCUCAGUCAUUAUGAUCCUUAACAGAUAAUACACAAUUAACAUUUUCCUAAUUGUUGUCCUAUUUGUCAGUUACGCAUUAUGAUUCCGAUAAUUCUUACAGGACAGUAAAAUUACUUCUUGAUUGCUUUCGAAAUGUGUAGACUGCUUCCUUCUAACCAUUCUCUACCAUUCACACACAGAUUACUUAUGUUUCUGGUCACAGAGAAGGUAGAAAGAUUUGAUGCUACUAUUUACAAGACGUUGAUGUGUCUAAGUCACAGUAUGCCUGCAAAAUGGACAUUGCCCAGGGAAGCAGAGUCAAGCUUUAGUUCGCACUCGGUAGCAAUGUCUCUCCACUGGGGAUGAUUUGCUUAUAUCUAAGCAACGUCUGGGGACAUUUUUGGUUGUCACAACUUGUGGAGUGCAGUCGACAUCCAGGGGUGGAGGCCAGGGGUGUACCGUCAACACCAUACAAUGGACAAGACAGCGUCUCCAGACAGAGAAUUAUCCAGCCCCGAAUCUCAGUGGUACUGAGGUCGAGAAAUCCUACUCUAAAGUAAACGAACUCCUCAAGUAAAGAAGUUUGCCAUAGCAACUUUAAUUAUUCAGUAGUGCUUCAAAGAAGAAAGCUCUAUAAAUGUUAUCAAAUUAUACAGUGUUAGACUCUUUUUUUAAAGCGUAUUUAUUUAUUUUGAGAGAGAGAGAGAAAGCAUGGGUGUAGGAUGGGCAGAGAGAGAGAGGGAGAGAGAGAGAAUCCCAAGUAGGCUCCAAGCUGUCAGUGCAAAGCCCAACAGGGGCUUGAAGCCACAAACUGUGAGAUCGUGACCUGAGCUGAGGUCAAGAGCCAGAUGCUUCGCUGACUGAGCCACCCAGGCACCUGUACAGUGUCAGACUCGUAAGCAAUAACCAGGGUUACUGGUUGUAAACAUGAGAUUAUAUGGCAUUUGUUCAUUUCCCCAUUUGGGCAAGUGAAACUUUAUUCCACUGUUUUUUGCUUUAAGCGGCCUUUGUAUGUUGUUUAUUUCGUUCAGGUGUUGUGCACAGCCAUUAUCAGGAGUGGUUAACCUGGGAAUCUGGGGACGUGUUUUUGCUGGGGAGAUGAAAAUGUUGUAGGAUAAACAGGUGUGUUCUCCCCUCCCUGCCCACACGCUCAAUUUCUGAGUCUGCUAUUCCAGACUUGCCGGCUAUCACAGUUAUUUGUGUUGUUUAUUUUUAAGAACUAGACUAUGGUCUCAAAGCCCGAGGGAUUAGUGAAGUCUCCGAACACCAAAAUGCCAAAGCCAUGUUUCUCAAGACCUGCCCUGUGGAGCCGUGUUCCUAGGAGGUGCUCACGGGGAUAAAUGUUCAGAGGCAGAUAAUCUGGGGCCCUUGCAAACCUGCCUAUCGGCACAUGAAAGGCUCUAAGAACUGGUUGGAAACCAGCUUGAGUGUGUCCUUAUCUGAAGAUGAAACCCCUAUUUUCAGUUAGACGCCUACUGACAUCCCACUGAACAUGCUUUUGAGAACACUGCAGUCGAGAAUGCUGCCUUUGUUUCCGGGUUGUCUUUUUCCCUGUUGAUUUGGUAGAGUGUAAACUGCGGUAAACACGAGCUCAGAGGGAUGCCACUCCCAUCAACGUGGAAGUUAAAGUACUUUGACACUAGCUUGACAACCUUGGAAGUCAAGGCUGUGGAGAUAAAGUACUCAAUUAUAAAUAUUGUAAAGGUUACUUUUAAAUUAUUGUAUCCUUGGGGUUCAAAUAUUUUAGCUAUAGCUCCAAUAAUACAUUUCAGAGGAGUAAAUCCUGGAUUAAAAGGUUGUGUGAGGCUUUUUUUUAUGUGAAUUUGGGACCGAGUUGUAGAACCAAUAAAGCUGAAGAGCCCCAGCGGACCCUCUGGGGUCCACGAGAGGGGAUGAAGAGAUGUUGCAAAUGUACGUGCUGGCGGCACGGCUUAACUGGACACGUGAGCCAAGGUUGUUUUAUAGAACGAGUGAUCUGUAUUGUGUGCUCAUCAUUUAGCUGGAGAAGGCCAGAGCCGAGAGACCAGCAAAUGUUUUCUCAUCUGCAGUGUAUCAGCACUUCUUGGGCUUCAGCUGCUGAAUAGAUAAUAAUUCUAAUUGAAGAUAAAUUACAUGAACCCACAUGUGAAUGAUAGAUGUGUUGUAACAUUUCAUUCCUGGUGCAUAAAAUCAGCUGCAGUUUUUAUUAUUAGUUCUUUCUUUUCAGAGGUUUUGGAAUAACAGCCCUAUUCCUGCUGGUUUAAAUCUGACCUUGAGGUCCUGGAAUUCACGAGAGUUUUUGAAGGGGUGUCGUAGGUUUCCUUUGCUCCCAGCCAAGCAUCAUUUUCACUCACUCUCGCCCAUUUUCACGUGUAAGUGUAAAAAAGUAUACACGUACAAUUAUUUAUUUUAAAUUAUUGGUACCAUUGGGUAAGCCUCAUAAUUGGCCUAGUUACCCUUGAACUGUGGCAGAGGGGCAUCGGCUGAUAGAUUUUCCAAUCAUGACCCAGCUGCCCUUAUUAAGGCUCUCAGGUAGAGUUUUUGGAGUUUGGUUCUUAAAGUCACUGGACUGUGGUAGUCUUCCCAGAAAAGAAAAUUGAGUAACACAGAAUAUUCUUUAGGUCACUACACAAUGUGUUACUUAUACGCACAGCAGGGAAAGGUAUUUUAAAAUCCAGCUCUCAAUUUGGCUCCUAUGUCCUCUGUUGAUGAAUUCUUGCUCUAUCAGGGAAUGAUAUGUGAUACCAGCCUUAGGAACUCGGUGUUCAACUAUAAAUCUUUCUAUUUAGCUUUUUGUAUUAGUUGAAUGAAGUUAUAGAGUGUGAAUUAUUGACUACAGUUCUGUUCAGCCAGUAGGCACUUGAUAUACACAAUGGUAAAUUUAAAUAUAAAUUAAGUUUUUUCUGGUACUUCUCCCCAGCACCCCAAAACACUGUCAUUGAGGCCUAAGCUCUUGGAUGUGUUUUUAUUUCUAGACUAUAUACCUAUGAUAGGUGUAAAAUUUAAAUUAAAUAAAGGCAAUUUUUUUUAACCAGU